AUGCCCAUCACCGCAGAGCAGUUCGCGACCACUCUGGAGAACAUGACACGAGCUUGGGAGGCUUUGCCGGAAGAGCAGCGGCUCCCGAAGGACGAAGAGAAGUCCUUCUUCGACGAUUGCCAGCAGACGUGCGAGGAAAUGAUCGCCAGAUGGCAUUCCGGAGAAUCUUCCCAUCCAGACCGAGAGAUUCUCGCGGCGGAGUACCCGGACUCGGAGGCUGGAAAGCGGAAGCUUCAGCUGGACUUGUUCAGCCCCGACGUGAAGGACGAUCCCUUCGUCCAGGCAGCCGAUCUGAAGCUGCGGCUAAUCAAGUACACCGCACCUCCCAGACAGAAGAACAUCUGA